GUCGCGAGCGUACGGGGCGGAUGCGGCGGGAGCUGGAGGUGGCCAGGAGGAGUUGGAGCUUGUCAGUCAGUGCGGAAACAACCCGGCGAACAUAAAACCAGCCUUUUGACGGUGAGAAUGAAGGUUUGGAAGAGCGUGAACUGUCCGAUCUGGAACGCACUCUAAACACAACCAUGUCAUAUGAUGAAUCAGUUGUGGUUGAAGCACCCAGUGAUAGCUUUUGGGAGGUUGGAAACUAUAAGCGUACUGUAAAGCGCUUUGAUGAUGGCCAUAAACUCUGUAAUGACCUCAUGACUUGUCUCCAUGAACGUGCUCGGAUAGAGAAGGGUUAUGCACAACAACUCUCAGAAUGGGCCAAAAAGUGGAAGCAGCUGUUAGAGAAAGGACCACAGUAUGGGACUUUAGAGAAAGCAUGGAUGGCGUUAAUGACUGAAGCAGAGAAAGUCAGUGAAUUGCAUCUAGAGGUCAAGUGUGCAUUGAUGAAUGAAGACUUUGAAAAAGUCAAGAACUGGCAGAAGGAGGCCUACCACAAGCAAAUGAUGGCAAACUUCAAAGAAACAAAGGAGGCAGAGGAUGGAUUUCGUAAAGCACAGAAACCUUGGGCCAAAAAAUUAAAGGAGGUGGAAGCUGCCAAGAAGGCCUAUCAUGCAGCUUGUAAAGAAGAGAAAAUAGCAAUAUCCAGAGAAUCAAACUGCAAAGCUGAUUCAAGUGCAAAUCCAGAACAAUUGAAGAAAGUGCAGGAUAAAGUAGAAAAGUCUAAGCAGGAUGUUCAAAAGACAAAGGAAAAGUAUGAGAAAAAUCUGGAUGAAUUGAACAAAUCCACACCACAAUAUAUUGAAAACAUGGAGCAAGUGUUUGAACAGUGUCAGCAGUUUGAAAAAAAACGACUAGACUUUUUUCAAGAAGUCCUUUUGGAGGUGAAGCAACAUCUUGACCUUUCUAUGACCAGUUAUAACGCUAUAUAUCAAGAGCUGGAACAGUCUAUUAAGUCAGCAGAUGCUAAGGAAGAUCUUAAAUGGUUCAACUGUGCACAUGGUCCGGGAAUGCCCAUGAACUGGCCGCAAUUUGAGGAUGAAGAAUGGUGUGCAGACCUCAAUCGUACACUUAGUAGGAGGGAGAAACCUAAAAAGACUGGGGAUGGCGUGACAUUAACUAGUAUCAGUCAGACAGGAGAUCAAGCAUCCCAGUCGUCCAAAGCUAACAGUCUUAGUGUCCGGAGUACUACUAACUCGAUACGUUCCAGUUGUAAUCCAUUUGAGGAAGAGGGGAAUGGCAAGCCUGUCAAUGAGAAGGAGAACGCAAUAACCAAAAAUGUUAGCAGCUAUGAGAAGAACCAGAAUUACACCACAGAAUGGUCAGACGAUGAAACAAACAAUCCCUUCAACACUGAUGAAACAAAUGGUGACAAUCCUUUUGAAGAAGACCAUUCAGGAUCAGAAGUCACAGUGCGAGCAUUGUAUGAUUAUGAAGGGCAAGAGCAUGAUGAGCUUAGUUUUAAAGCUGGUGAUGAACUAACAAAGAUAGAAGAUGAAGAUGAGCAGGGCUGGUGUAAGGGCAGGCUGGAGAAUGGACAAGUUGGCUUGUACCCUGCCAAUUAUGUUGAAGUGAUCCAGUGAUACAAUAUGAACCAAAGAGAAUGCUAUUUUUCACAUUUUAACAUGCAGUUACAUCAACUUAAAAUUAUGAUUUGAUGUAGAGAAUGUACAUAUUCAUUACAUUGGGCAAAAUGGUUACUCCUGGUAAUGCUUUGCUUUGAUGAGAUGAAUCUAGUUGUCUUUGGUGUGAAAAAUGUGCAUUUUAAUAUACUCCUGUCUUGUAUUUUGAAGUUCUUAACCGAAGCUUCAAUGAUUACUGUGACACAGUUUUAAAUACAAUCUACAGUAAAUAGCUGUGGAAGCUUCAGUUUGAAUAAAGAAAAGGAUUGUAAAAAUUGAUUUAAUAACUUGCCUUGUGUAAUGCUAAAUACUAAUUUUAAAUGUUUGUCUUUGACUUAUUGCAGUCGUCUUAUGUUAUUUAAGUAAUGUCCCCAAUAUUUUUCAUUUUUUAAAGCAAAUGGCGUAUUUGUUGUUGCCAUUUUAAAAGUUUUAUUUUAAACAUGAGAUUCACAAUAUUUACCUGUCAGUUAGCCUUUCAGCAUUCAACUCUCUUGUAGUCUGUUAUUUCUUUUACAAACAUGAAGUAUAGAUAAGGAAAAUGACAUCAUGCCAUGCUCUAACUUGUUUCUGAAGUACAAAUCUGUUCAAUCACUUCUAUGCAAGACCUUGUGCUGCUCUGCUGUGCUUUACAAAACUUUGUAGCCAAUGCAUGUAAUUAGCAUGUCAGUGAUACACUGGGAUGUUUUUAGUUAAAUACUACAAUCAUCUGUUUCUUUAAUGUCAGUUUUCAAUAGAAAUAUCAAGUACAAUAUUAAAAUACAACCAUUCUGUAUUCUAACAUUUUGUAGGUUUUAAUUUAGAUACACAAAUUGAUUUCUAUGUAUAUUUGAGAUGCUAUAAUUCUUGUAAAAAGAGCUUCGGAUGGAAAGGAGCUGCUUAAAAAUGGAGAAUGUUGAAGAGAAUACAUAUCAGUGUUCUCCUUAUUUCCAGUUGUCACUACACCCUUCUGCUGCUCAUAACUAGAGAGCUUUUGAAAGAUUUGGAGAUCUGCACCAAAUUUAUUUUGAAUUCUUUAGAGAAAACUACAUAGACAUCUAUACGUACAAAACAUUCAACAUGAACAAAGAUAAUUGGAAAAGAGCAUGUCUACUGCAUUCUUUGUGUUCAACCUAAGGACUGGUGAACGUAAAUAAGAAAUUUUGAUGUAUACUUUGCUUUGUCAAUGUCAUAAAAUAUUCUGAUUCAAAUUAUUGUGUAAUAUAUAUAAUAUAUAUGAAGGGUGGGGUUGAUAAGAGUGGGUUGUAAUCACUCUUAAGCACGGGUGAAUUGUAUGCCAUCUUUAAGUAAACAAUUUUUUUGGUAAAUUUUUGUUCUGUAAAACCUUCCAAUCAAUCUUCACAAUGAGAAUUAAACUAGAAGUUAUAUGUUG